AUAUCUGUCAAUGUCAAAUUGUCUGCAAAAAUGUUUUCUUAAAGGAAACUACAUUCUUUAGCCGCUUAACGAUUUUAUCCCACCAAAAAUACAAGAACUAACACAAUGCUUAGAAAUAGAUUAUUUCAUAUACUUAAAACAGCUUUUCGGACAAAUAGUAAAAGAGGUAUUGUUCAAAUACGAAAUAUAGCACCUGUAACUUUGGGCCUUUUAACUACUGCAUAUUGUGAUGAAAAAGAACAGGAUGAUUCUCUUUGGACCGCUAAUGGCUUAGAACACGAAUUUCUUAUUAAACAGGCUACUACGGUUAACGUCAAUGCUGCUACACAACUACUUACAGUUACUUUAGUUGCCAUUCAAGACACUAGCGAAAGAUUAAGAGAUGCAUUGACCAAAGAAAUUUGUUUAAUAAAACAGGCUCUUGAAUGGGGUGAUGAAGGCACUCCGCCACAACACUGGGACCAGCUAGUGGCAGUCAGAGGAGCCUUGUGUGAUCUUAAACACAACCUGAGAACUCUCUUUAGCUAUAUGGAUUAUGCAGAAAAAUUAGCAACUACUGCAGCAGAAAUAUCAUAUUUGUCUGGCAACAUUGUAGCUUCUGAUGCUAUAUGUGAAAGGAUUGAUCAUGCAUGCAGGGCUUGUAACACUCAAAAACAAUUAACACAUGAGUUGCAGCAAGAGAGCUUGGAGUUACAACAGCAGGCCAUUAUAAGUUCUCCACACCUUGAAGAGAAAUUGAAAAAUAAUUCAGAAAAUGAUAAAAAGCAAAAUGUAGAAGGAUAAAAAUCUUACUGUAAUUCUAAUUACAUUUAUGUUUGACACAAAAACUCAGGGUACUAGUGAUAAUAAAAAAUAAAAAUACAGGUAAAUC